GUUCUGCCUUGAACACGUUCGGUAUAGUAGCGGGACCAACCGGGGAUAGGUGCCGUGAGUUGUGAUCACGCACGCCAGUAACCCGUUGUAGCUCAAGCAGGCAGGAUCAUGCGUUACGUGUGGUUUGCCGUGGUAUAUCUGUACGGUGCUCAGUGGUACGGUGAAGCCGUUGGCCAGCAAUCCUGCCGCACGCCCGAUCAUCGCGAUGGUGUCUGUAUCCCGCUGAAGGACUGCAAUAGUAUUCAGGAAAACUUCUUCAGCUCCGAUCGGGUGCUUUCUGAGGACGAGAUUGAUUUUCUGAACCAGCUGCGCUGCCAAUCAACGCCAUCGGUAACAAUUUGCUGCCCCGAUAACGUCCUCACGCUCAAUCGCAACGUGACCGCUCCGGCGACCAACGAUUUGCCAAGCUUGAAGAAUUUCGAAUGUGGACUGGAACCGCUUGUUUCUAAGAUCGUUGGAGGCAGUGAAACGAGCCUGGACGAGUUUCCCUGGUAUGCGCUGCUUCAGUACGAAUCGAAAAAGGGCAUCCGGGAGUUCAAGUGUGGUGGAUCGUUAAUCAACCAACGUUACGUGCUGACGGCUGCUCACUGUCUUGCGAACAAGAAGCUCGACGAUGGCGAGCGGCUAGUAAACGUGCGGCUUGGAGACCACAACACGGAAACCGACGAAGACUGCAACGAAGACUUUUGCGCGGAUCCCGUGCAGGACUUUGGCUUCGAGCGGCUCAUCGUCCACGAGCUGUACGAGAAGAAUGGCAAAACGCAGCACCACGAUAUCGCGUUGAUCCGGCUGGAUCGAGACGUCAAGAUGAGUAACUACGUUUCGCCGGUGUGCCUGCCACCGGCAGACUUUGUCCCGACGGCCAGCAACAGCAACAUAACGGUCGUCGGAUUUGGACACACGGGAAGAAGAAAGCAUAGUGGCAUCAAGUUGAAGGCGCAAUUUCCGGUGUUCGAUCAGCAGGAGUGCGACAGGAAGUGGGCAACCGUGCCAAUCACAGGGCAGCAGCUGUGUGCCGGUGGAAUUUUCGGUAUCGAUAGCUGCACCGGAGAUUCCGGUGGACCGCUGAUGACGCAACGGCCCUUCUGGAUCCAGGAGGGCAUCGUUUCGUACGGCAACCAGUGUGCCCUUGAGGGAUGGCCCGGGAUCUACACACGAGUGUCGUCGUAUAUGGACUGGAUUAGGGCGCAGAUACGAGCCGACGCGAAGCAGCCGCACCGCGAGAUCGGUUCGAUGAUCGAAGCAGAACUCGCGAUCGCCCGUGCUAGUCUGUCGAUCGCGAGUAGUGCUCUGGGCAGGAUCAUUAUAAUGGCGAGUUCCGCAGCAGUCCGAUCGUGGCGCGUUGUUGCGUUGCUGUUUAGCGGGUGUGCGGUGCUGUUGUUGUCGUGCGUGCCAACAUGUGGAAUUGCCGGUGCUCGAGCGGACGAGGCGUCCUCGGGGGAAGAGCGGCCAGUCUGGGAGACGAUCGAAGUUUGCCCCAUACCGAACGAAGACAGCCCCGGUGAGUGCCGGCCGUCGGUUUCCUGCGCUGCCUACACCAAAAUCAACGACGUGUCCAGCGCGGCAUCGGUCGAAAGGAUCAGCUUCAUCAAGCAGAUCCAGUGCAAUGGUACGGACAAUGUACCGUACGUCUGCUGUCCCCGCGGUAGCAGCUCUUACGUGCAACCGUUUAUGAACGAAACCGCCAGCCACAAGAACCGGAUUGCUAGCCGGUUGGCGUUCGAUCCCGAUACCUGCGGUCUCCAGUCGUACAUGGCGAAGAUACGCGGUGGUACGCUGGCCGAGAUCGAUGAGUUCCCGUGGAUGGCGAUGCUACUGUACGAGCGUGAGAACCAACCGCUGACGCAGGCCUGCGGGGGAUCACUGAUAAGCCGCACGUACGUCGUAACAGCUGCCCACUGCGUGACCGGCCGGAACGUGGAGAACAGCAAUGGGAAGCUGAAGUACGUGCGAUUGCGGGAGUACAACGUCCACACCGACCCGGACUGUGUGGUGGAGAAUGAUGUGAAGGACUGUUCGGAGGAUAAGCUCGAUCUGCCGCCACAGGAGAUCAUCGCGCAUCCGGACUACAAUCCGAGCACGCAGCGCAAUGACAUCGCACUCAUCCGCAUCGAACAGACACCGCCGUAUUCGGACUUUCUGCGAGCAAUCUGUCUGCCGACCAGGAACGUCGACAGUCUUGUCGUUCCGGGCCAGAAGCUUAGCGUGUCCGGUUGGGGCCGUACGGAUAUGUUUCAGGAAAAGCUCGGACCGAAUGCGCUCAGUCCGAUCAAGCUGAAGCUUAGCUUGCCCUACAUGGAACGGGACCGGUGCACCAAAACGUUCCGCCCCUGGAACUACAUGCUGACGGAGGGUCAGCUUUGCGCGGGGGGUGAGAAGGCCAAGGAUACGUGUGCCGGUGACAGUGGAUCACCGCUGAUGAACUUCGACAUAAAGAGGGGCCAAUGGUUCAUCAGUGGUAUCGUGAGCAUCGGUGUGCGUAACUGUGGCGUCGAGGGGCUGCCCGGUGUCUACACGAACGUGUACCACUAUCUGCCCUGGAUACGGAAGUACGUUCAGUCGUCGUAAACGGUACAUCCUGUCCAAUCAUCCCGGCAUCGUCGAACGUUGACCGUCAGGAACGCUAGUCGAGGCUAGCGUGUAGUGUGGUUCACCUUUAUUUUUUUUUAGUGAAAUAUUCUUUUUAGGUAAAAUGGGAAAUAUAUAUAUGUAUGUGUGUAUGUA